AUGCCAGUCACCAAUUUUGAAACCUUAAAAGAGUUUGACGACAUUCUCAAGCAACUGGAGAGAGAUUACGUUUUUGUCUACUUCUCUGGCGAAGGCUGUCAACCUUGCGAAAAGCUAGGGCCUUACUAUGAUAAGUUUGCCGACGAAUUCGGCGAGGCUUUCUUCAAGAUUGAAAAUCGCAGGGGUGACAACAGCACUAAUAGCCCCAAGCAGAAAGCCAAUGUGGAGGUCUUUCCGACUUUUCUUCUCUACGAAGCAGGAUUGGAAUUGGGAAGGCUUUUGACAAACAGCCCCAACCAGCUUAAGGAGUGGAUCAAAUUGCACGUUUCUCCACCGGGUGACGACUGA